AUGGUUUUUCGUGGUCAGUAUCUAACAUUUCAAGAAUUAGAACAUUUAAAAAAUAAUAUUAAAUCAAUUAUGAUAACCAAUACUUUCUGUUCGGCUACAUUGAAUGAAAAAGUAGCCCAUUUUUUUAUCAGUGAUGGUCAAAAACCACCACCAGGACAAAUGGCGGUUAUAUUUCAAAUCAUUAUUGAUGAUUUAUAUUACGAUUAUAUUCCCUUAAACUUACACAAUAUUCGACCAUUCGCAUAUAUUGCGAGUCAAAGCCAGAUCAAGGAUGAAAAAGAAGUAUUGUUUGCUUUUGGUAGUGCAUUUCAAAUCAAAGAAGUCAUAUCACCGAAUGAGGAAAAGCGUUGGUGGACUGUUAUCUUAUCCCUUGAGUCGUUUUAUGCGGCACGCUGCUCGCCUGAUAUGCGAGAAAUUUUUCGGUUUCGACCUAGUUUUACUCCUCUUAUUGAAGAAUUCGCCAAAUUUUGUCAUUAUGUUACAGAGAAUCGAGAAAUGCUCUUAUCUGCAGAGUGGUAUGGUUUUACAAGACCACACAUAGAAUCAUUGUUAAAAAGCGGUUAUAAUGCAAUGACAGAAUCCUUCCUCCACAAUGAGAAAUAUGCAAAAGGUAUUGAUGCCAUGCAACGCUUGCUAAUGCUACAGACUCGUUUAAGUUCAUCGACUGAUAUUAGUCUUGUGUCUACAUAUUGCAAAUUAGUAGUAAUCUACGAAAAAAACAAUCAAUACAAUGAAAGUAUUCAUACUUUUAAAGACAAAGUGUUACCUUUACUUAUGUCAAGAGAUCCGGAUGGUAAAGAUUACAUGAAUGCUGCCUCUAAAGAGUGUUUACCAAAUGGUAUAAGUUUCCAAGACGUGUGUACGAGUCUAUCAAAUGCAUAUGAAAGUAUCGGAACGUCUUCCAUGGCACUACUCUGGAGAAAGCUGCGAAAACAUAUGAAGCCACUAGCAGGAACACUAGCUGAUCAACAACGUCGUUCUCUCGUGUCAUAUCGUAUCGAGACUUCUGAGCAGAUGACAGACAAUGAUAAACUCGAACUAUACGAAAAAUAUCUUCAUAAUACUCUGAAUUCUUACAAAAGUUCUGAUCAUCCGAUGAAGAAUUCCAUUGACAAAGAUGACGCCGAAAUCUUCACUGAUCUAGUAUGGUCAAUAUGUGGCCUGAAAGGCUGCCUCCGUUUGUACUGCUAUGAUAUACCGGUACUUGAAUAUGCUUCGAACUCUGCUGAUAUUGUAUCUUUAUCAAUACAUAAUACUACUACACUUAUUAUUGGUAAUAUACCAAGUCCUAUCAUUCAACAGACGAUAAUGCCAAGUGCACCCUUGCCAUUUCAUUCAUAUUACCAUCGUUUCUUUGCCGAUGAUAUUGUUCAUACAUCGAAUGCGUUUGAAUAUGCUACGCGACUUAUUCAUUUUUCGAAUGACAUCUUAAUUAAAUUAGACUUUCAAUCUAAAAUUGAGCCGAAUUUAGGCUCUGAUCCAUUAAUUCAUCAACAUGUUUUAUUUCUCCGUUAUUUUAUUCAUAUUCAGUGCGAUGAUACCAAAGAAUUUUUAAUGGAUAAACAACAAUCGAAUCAUUUGGAAGCUUUGAACAGACGCAUAUUGACUGACUUUCAUCUUUUAAAUCAUGAAACUUUCGUGCCAUCAUUAGCUGGUUUAGCAUUUGUUGGUUCAUCCAUCAAUGAUACAGCUACAGAAAAUGAAAAUGGUUCGCCUGUCGAAAAUGUGGCUAGUCUUCUUUUCAAACUACAAUGGCAUAUUGGAUUGAUCGUUGCGUAUUUUUACGCGUGUAAUACGGAAGAAAAGAAUGAUAUUCAAAUAAAACUAUUGAACAUCGAACGUCGACUGCUACGUUUUUGGAUAUAUAAUAUCGAGAAAAAAAUCAUACAGACCUCAAAUAUCUAUGAUAAAAUUUUAAAGAACAGAUUCACAGAUCAACUCGAGAUUGGUAGCUAUCUAAAUCAUCGACCAUCGACUCACGAUUUUCAAUUUAAAGCGAAAGACACAAUUCAAUGUCCGGGACUUCCUUCAAUUUUCAAGGAUAUACUUAAAACAUUAUAUGAAUUACAAGAAGAUGAUCGAUUGCUUCAUAACUUAUUUGACAAAUGGAAACAGAAAGAAUCAGUUGACCAUGAUAGUAGUCUACAGUUUGAAGAAGAAACUCGCAAAAAUCUAUCGACCAUUGUGUCGCUACAAUCGUUGAUAAAGUAUCUAAUAGAUUAUAGAAUAAAAGUUAUCAAUACUGAUCAGAACGAUGAAUUUGAUCGCUUUAUUACAUGGUAUCAUGCAUGCCCUCCUCUCGAACACAUGUACAACACCAUUCAAACAACUGAAAUUAUGUACCAUAAAGCUAGAGAUUACGUCGAGAAAACUUUUCUUUCUUAUAAACAACAAAUAAAUUAA